AACUUUCCUUAUCAGAAACGCGAGUGAUAUUUACUCAAUUAUCUCAGAUUUCUACCUCUAAUUCUGUUGUUUAGAUCAAUUUUUAGUAAGUCCUUUUUGCCUGGUUACCGAAAAAAAGGCAAAAGCAUUCUCAGAAAAUGUGUUUUAAACAUGUUGAAUAGGAAAAAAAGAAGAUCCAAGAAGAAAGCCUACAAUUCUUCGCAAUUUUAUGAUUCUCAGAUUGACAGUACAGACUCUUCCUUCAAAAUGUCUGAUCCAAAUGACAUGUGCCAAGCAUUUGAAGGCCAACUUUACAAGUAUACGAAUGUAAUGAAAGGUUACCAAUACAGGUGGUUCAUCUUGGAUCCGAAAAAAGGAGUUCUAAACUACUAUCUGAAUGAAAGUGAAACAAAACAACAGCCUCGAGGUUCCAUAAAUCUCCUUGCAGCUGUCAUAUCACCUAGUGAUGAAGACUCGCACACUUUCACCGUGAACUCAAUCAAUGGAGAGUCUUUCAAGCUGAAAGCAUCAGAUGCCAGAGCUCGUCAAGAGUGGGUGAAUAAGUUACGAGCUGCGGUUGAAUUGCAUGCAGUUGCAAUCGCUCAGAAAAAUCCACCGCUGACCACCCGAGAUCCUUUCAUUGGCUAUCGCAGUCAAAGUUCAGGUGUUCUAUCCGGAUCCUCCUCUAGUCCUUGUUCCGUCGCAAUUGCUGAUGCAUUCAACAGUGUUCGCGAACACCUUAGUCAAGUUGAGUUCAGCAAUGAGUCUCUCAUCAAAGCAAUAGAAGAGCUUCCAGCAAAUGGAUCAUCUUUAAAACAUGUUGACACAGAUCUACUGUUGCUGAAAGCUGCUUCUCAAGCGAUGUGUUCAUCAUUAAACGAAUGCACGAUGAUCCUACAACAGUCAAUUUACCCCUUCCCAAAUAGUCAAUAUCCAACAUUAAGUAGAAAUACCAUGUCCUCUAUUUCUCAAAGGAAAAGGUAAUACUGUAAUGCUUAGGUUCUCUCAUGAUUCCUUUCACUUUCCCUCCUCCUUGUAAUUUUAAAUGAACAGACCGAAAAUGUCAUUUGUACAUUUUUUUUAAAAUUUUCUUUUUUUUGUUUUAAUAAAGUUUUUCAUUCGCUGCUUCUUUGAAAAA